CUACAUUAUGAGCAAUCAAUAUGGCAGCUUCAUGAUGGCUCCUGUUAUUGUGAACAAUACACAUCACUGCGUCUGCCAGUAAAGGAGAAACAUUAUAAGACUGUCAAAUUCAGUUGUGCUUAACAAGACAAUGUCUGACAAGACCGAGACCAAAACCUCAGAGCUUCCUGAUGCACACAGAGGGUGUCUAGAGGAAAACCCGGGAACUGGACUAUUAAAAGUGAAGGAAGAGGAUGAGACAGAUGACAUGAAUAGUCAUCAGACUGAAAUACAUUCGUCCCUCUCUGCCGAUGAAGACAACGUUGAUACAGUGAAAGUUGAGGUAACAGAAGAUCUGUGUGUGACACGUCACCUGGAAGCCCCAUAUAAUGAAACCAGUGACAGUAUCAGCUCAGAUGAAGAUAACGCUGAUAUAGUGAAAGUUGAAAUAACAGAAGAUCUGUGUAUGACGACUCAGGAGGAAGCCUCGGAUGAGGAAACCAGUGAUAUUAUCAACCCAGCAGAUAAAUCAUUGAGAAGGACUCUAUCUAGCCAAGAAAAGAGUUCAAGAGCUCAAAGAAGCCACGUGGGCAAUGAUCGAUUUCCAUAUUUAAAACAUGGGGAAUUUCAGAUCCAGCAAUCAGGCAUUAAACAUCAAAUUUCUGCAGGAGAGAAAGUAUUUUCAUGCUCUGAAUGUGGGAAAUGUUUUAGCAAUAAACCAUAUCUUAUUAAACAUCAGAAAACUCAUACAGGACAUAAACCAUUUAUAUGUUUUCAGUGUGGGAAAUGUUUUGCUCAGAAAUCACAUCUUAUUACCCAUCAGCAAAUACAUACAGGAGAGAAAGCAUUUUCAUGUUCUGAAUGUGGGAAAUGUUUUGUUCAGAAAGCAACUCUUCUUAAUCAUCAGAUUAUUCAUACAGGAGAGAAAUCAUUUUCUUGCUCUGAAUGUGGGAAAUGUUUUACCAGGAAGUCAAGUCUUCUUACACAUCAGAAAGUUCAUACAGGAGAAAAACCAUUUUCGUGUUCUGAGUGUGGGAAAUGUUUUACUCAGAAAUCAUAUCUUAUUCAACAUUUGAAUAUUCAUACAGGAGAGAAAGCAUUUUCAUGUUCUGAAUGUGGGAAAUUGUUUUCUCGACAAUCAAAUCUUACAAGGCACAUGAAAAUCCAUAAAGUUGAGAAAACUUUUCAUGUAUAAAUGUGAGAAAAGUUUUAUCAUGAGUUCUUGUCUUAUUACACCAGAACAUUGUUUACAGACGAGAAGGCUUUUCCCAACAAUAUAAAAAAAACUAAGGGCUAGAUUACAAAUGAGGCGCAAAACAGUUUUGGGCUAGAACAAAUGUUUUUUUGUGAGCCAUUUUCAUUUCGCUGAUAUUACAAGUGGAGUGAAAUUGCCCUUUUACAUUUCAAUCCCUACCACAAACUCAGAGCUGUGGUUAACUGUUUUCAAAAACAAAAAAGUUGCACAAAACACUUCAAACAUAUGUUACAAAGUAGUUACACUCCUAUUAACACUGUCUAAUAAAAAAAUUAAGAAAAAUACUGCACAAAAAAAGUUAUAAGGGCUCAAAGAUUGAAGAUCUCAGAUGUUCGAAAGAAAAAAAAAGGCAGACAAAUGACACAUACAUUGCUAAAGAUGUAUUUGUAUGUGUGUGUAUAUAUAUAUUUUAAUGUAUUUUUGUGUAUAUAUGUAUUUACAGUCAUAUAUACACAUAUAAAAACAUUAAUAUAUAUGUACACAUAUAUAAACAUCAGAUCUGCAAUUUAACAGAUAAAAACAUAAUAAAACAUAUUUAUGCAAUAUUCAUAUUUAAUAAAGAUUUUAACAAUGUAUUUAAUGUAGAUAUUUCACAUUUGCUAAUGCGAAUAUGCUAUGCUUGCGCAAUGGAAGUUUAUUUUUUUUAACAUUUUUUUUUCUCCAUUGACUUCUAUGGGGAAUGAGAAAAGGCAAUGGUGUUUGCACAAUCUCGGGGGUUAGGGUUUUUUUCCCCUUUUUUUUUUCUCCAUUGAUCUCUAUGGGGGAAUAUAUGCAUGCACACGCAAAAACUUAAGUUAGUUUUUUGGCGCUAUUUAACACUAGCGCAAAAUAUUUUUAUUUUUUUUGGAACUUGUAAUACGAAUGCAACCCAACAAGCGCAAAAAUUAAAAUCCUAGCAGAGUUUUCGCUUACGCAAAAAAAAUACCACACCACUUGUAAUCUAGUCCUAAGUAAACAAGUGAAUAAAGUAGAUGGAGGAAACAGUGCUAGUUAAAGGGAUAGGAAAGUCAAAAUUAAACUUGCAUGAUUCAGAUAGGGCAAGUCAUUUUAAGAAACUUUUUAAUUCACUUCCAUUUUCAUAUGUGCUUUGUUCUCUCUGUAUUCCUUGUUGAAAAAGAAUAUGCACGUAUCCUACACUAGUGGGAGCCAGCUGGUGAUUGGUGCAUGCACAUAUUGUCUCUUGUGAUUGGCUAACUAGAUGUGUUCAGCUAGCUGCCAGUAGUGCAAUGGAUAACAAGAGAAUGAAGCAAAUUUGUUAUUAGAAGUCAAUUGGAAAGUUGUUUGAAAUUGCAUUUUUUUUAUCCGAACCAUGAAAGAAAAUUUUGGGGUUCACUGUCCCUUUAAUUAGGCAUCAAGUUGCUGACCCUCUCCUAUUGGCAGGUUGAUUCCAGAUUGCCAGAUGACUAUUUUGACUCAGAUCUGUGGAACUUUGUUCCUGAUUGCCUUGUAGCCAUUUAACUAUUUGUCGUUUUAUUGGUUAUGGUGGGAGAUAUGAUGUACUUAUUUAUUUACCAAUAAAACAAAAAUAAUAACCAUU